GCGCCGGGCUCGCGAAGAGCCGGAGCCGGAGCCGGUGCGGCAUGACCGGGCAUCACCCCUGGGGCUACGGCCAGCAGGACGGCCCUUCAGAGUGGUACAAGUCCUACCCCAUUGCCAAGGGAAAUCGCCAGUCCCCCAUUAACAUCGUGUCCAGCCAAGCGGUGUACAACUCAAGCCUCAAGCCCCUCCUCAUCUCCUACGAGGCCUGCACCUCCCUGAGCAUCGUCAACAACGGCCACUCCGUCAUGGUGGAGUUCGAUGAUGGGGACGGCAGGACAGUGGUAAAUGGGGGACCCCUGGAUGGGCCCUAUAGACUGAAGCAGUUUCAUUUCCACUGGGGAGAGAAGCCCGGUCAGGGCUCGGAGCACACGGUGGAUGGUCAUUCUUUCCCUAGUGAGCUCCACUUAGUCCACUGGAACGCGAAAAAAUAUGACACCUUUGGAGAAGCAGCGGCAGCCCCUGAUGGCUUGGCAGUCAUCGGCAUUUUCCUGGAGACUGGAGGUGAGCGGGCCAGUAUGAACAGGCUGACUGACGUGUUGUACAUGGUCAAGUUCAAACGGAGAAACCGAAACCCCAGCAGCCCCAGCCAGUGGGAAAAAGGGCUCAUCUCCACUGAAAGCGGGUCCAAAGCCCAGUUUUCCGACUUCAGUCCCAAGUGCCUCCUGCCUUUGGGCCUUCAUUACUGGACCUACCCCGGCUCUCUGACCACCCCGCCCCUCAACGAGAGUGUCACCUGGAUUGUGUUGAAGGAGCCGAUCAAGGUCUCAGAGAAACAGUUGGAGAAAUUCCGGACCCUCCUCUUCACCGCUGAGGAAGAUGAGAGGAUCCACAUGGUGAACAACUUUCGUCCCCCGCAGCCCCUGAAGGGACGAGUCGUCCAAGCAUCUUUCCGCACCUGAAGGAGCCGGACAACCUCCAGUGGCAACACCCAGAAUCCUAAGUGCUUCCAAUCAGCAAAGACCAAACCCAGGGGCAGCCCACUGGAGCCCCAGGAACCGCUCUGGGGCUUGGUGCUCACUUCCAGCACCUCCCACCCAGGUUUCUUAGUCUUUCCAGAAAGUUCCCCCAACCACCACCCCCACUACCCUCCAGUUCCUCCUGACGCCUUUAUCAUUCCCAUCUCUGGCAACAGGGAAAAUGAACCUCUUGGGGGACAGCCUGAGGGUGGGUGGGUGCCAGUACGGAGCUCUACUCAUUUCAACGCCACCCGCCCCCAGCAGGAGACCACAACUGCCCCCCACACAUUCUUGUUAUUCAAAUUGAAUAGAGAUUUUUUUAUCAGAGUCACACUGGAGGGGUGAGUGUCAGAACGGAACCGCUCAGUUGUGGCCCCGACCAUGGGUCCUGGGGCCUCCAAGUCGGGGGAGGGGGUGCAGGGGCACGGACCUACCUUCCCCAGGGCUUUCUUGGCACUUGGCCAGCUGGCCGGCGGCCCCUAGAAAUGUUUCAUGCCCCCAGCGCUUCCUCCACCCUCUAGCCUUUCAGACCCAGGAAACCCUCCACUAACGGGGAGGUUCCCAUAUCCCUUCGCGGGGCGGGGGAGGGGGGGUGCAAGUGUGCCGCAGGGUCGAAAUUGAUGCUGCCCCCUUGCCCUGCUGCCCUGCUUGCCAAUCAGUUGGCUGCUGGAAAGACGAAAAGCAAUAGGACCUAAGAAAGGGGAGACUCUCCGUAAAUGGAACCUCUUGGGCAUCUUAGAACGAUGGCUGCCUCUCACCCUCAAAUCACAAAGAUUUUUAAUCAUUUCACCGACAAUCAUUAAACCUAGA